UCUCUUUGCAGGCUCUCAGCUCGCACACACACACGCAUAGAGUUCACACACAGUGGUGCAACCAGAAGCCAAUCUCGCAAUAAGCUAGGUGCUUUCUCUGUCUGUCUCUCUUCUCUCUUUCUCCUCCUUUUGAGAAUGGUCCACCCGGUGCCUUAGGCUCUGCUGUCACGGCCUGCCGCCCAUGAUCACACACAUACACACACUGAAGUGGACUCAGUAUUAAUCAUUAUGUGAGAGGUGGGUACUGAAUAUCGUGCCCUCUCUUGCAUUUGCCGCUGCUUGGACCUGCUUGUAGUACCAGCCUUAGCUGCCUGCCUGCUUCCAGUCGACAUCGUGAAGGGACAGCCUGCACAACCCUCUUGGUGACCCCAGACAACCCUGGCCUUUUGCUCAUACACAAAACAGACCGCUGAAGUGUGCACUUUUGAAUCACAUUUCAGGAUUUUGCUUUUGGAUUAGUUUCUGCAGUCUUUUUUCCUGAGAGCAAAGUUUUCUCAUCUUUUUGGUUUGGACUGGUGUGCAUCCCUAAGGAAAGAGGAGCUUAAUGAUAUAAAGCAAGAGGGAAGCAUAAAUACAAGGACAAACUGGAAGUCGGCUUUUGACUGACUAGACAAACACACACACACGCAAACACAAGCACACCCAAGCCACUUUGGGAUUGUAAGGAACUGAAGAUUGCUUACCGCUAAAGCGUGCUGACCUUGCUGUUGACAUGGCGAUGAAUGUUGCUCACAUGCGGGACACAAAAUGGCUGACGUUGGAGGUGUGUCGAGAGUUUCAGAGAGGAACGUGCUCACGCUCUGAUGCCGAGUGCAAGUUUGCGCAUCCCGCCAAGAGCUGCCAGGUGGAGAACGGGCGAGUCAUCGCUUGCUUUGACUCACUCAAGGGUCGCUGUUCCAGAGAGAACUGCAAGUACCUGCACCCUCCUCCACACCUGAAGACACAGCUGGAGAUAAACGGCCGUAACAAUUUGAUCCAGCAGAAGAACAUGGCAAUGCUUGCCCAGCAGAUGCAGCUAGCCAAUGCCAUCAUGCCUGGAAGUCAGCUUCAGCCAAUGCCUAUGUUUUCAGUCACACCAAGCCUUGCAACCAACGCAAGUGCAGCUGCUGCAGCAGCCGCUGCGGCCGCGUUUAAUCCGUACCUGGGCCCGGUGUCACCCGGGCUGAUGCAAACAGAGAUCCUGCCCAGUGCACCUAUGCUGAUGGCAGGCAGUCCUGCGAUGGCAUCUGUGCCCUCUGCUGCCAACACUGCAGCUGCUGCCUCAGCGGCUCAGAAACUCCUCAGAACAGAUCGUCUGGAGGUGUGUCGGGAAUACCAGCGAGGUAACUGCUCUCGUGGGGAGACGGACUGCAGGUUUGCCCACCCUGCUGAUAGCACAAUGAUUGACCCCAGUGAUAACACAGUUACAGUGUGUAUGGAUUACAUAAAGGGCCGCUGCUCCCGAGACAAGUGCAAAUACUUCCACCCUCCUGCACACCUGCAGGCCAAGAUCAAAGCGGCUCAACACCAGGUUAAUCAGGCCACAGCCGCUGCUGCCAUGACUCAGUCGGCUGUCAAAUCACUGAAGCGACCCCUCGAAGCCACCUUUGACCUGGGAAUUCCUCACAGUGUCAUGCCUCCUUUACCAAAGCGACCUGCGCUUGAGAAAGUCAACGGUGCCACAAACAUGUUCAGUGCUGGCAUGCUCCAGUACCAACAGGCUCUGGCCAACAUGCAGUUUCAGCAGCAAGCCGCCUUUAUUCCGUCAGGCUCAAUAUUGUGCAUGACCCCUGCAGCGAGCAUGGUUCCCAUGAUGCACGGCGCUUCCCCGGCCGUUGUGUCCGCAGCAACCACAUCUGCCACAAGUGUUCCCUUCACAUCUGCAUCAGCCAAUCAGGACUCUUCUCUAUCAAAGUUGACUACCAACGAAUACAUGCAAUUGAUUCCAAUAAUAUCUGCAGAGCAUCUGACUAGUCACAAGUACUUGACACAGAUGUAGUUCCAGUCCACAACAAUCAAAGGAAUGUGCUGUUGUCCCGGACAAAAGGAAAAUAAACAAAAUUCUAAAUUUCAGUGUCACGAAAACAAGUUGGAUAAGAUAUUCUACAAAGAUUAGAAUAUGGUCGCACUUGAUGGUAGGAUUUUACAACAUGGGGUGAAACUGAGUGUCUGUACUCAUCUAUCUAAAUCAGGAUUUGUAGGACAAGUUGUUUUUUAUGUCUGACUUAACACAGUUUUGGCAUGUUAGUAGACCAAGAGAUAUUUUCUGUGAUUCAUCAAUUUUUUUUUCUCUCUCUAAUAUUUGUCUGAUGGUUUACAACAUUUUAAAGGUGCACCUUGAAUUGAAAACAGAAUUGAAAGUACACGGCACAAAACAUCUAGUGAAAUAAUUCAAUGUACGUUGUUUUCUGUACUUUUAGUUCUGUUUUCUAGUCAAGCUAGAUUGUAAAUGCAGAGUCAGGAUUGGACAGAUGAAUGUUUUGGGUUGAACCUGCUCACCUGAGACCUUUCAAAAGCACAUUCUUGCUAGCUUUAUGUACCAUAACCACAGGCUGAAUACCAGACACCAAUCGAGAGUGUUAUAUCAACAGUGUUAUUAUGUUUACCAGAGAUUAAUGUUUUUUACAGCGCUUGUUUUUAUACAUAAUUUCACAAGUGUGUGGGUUUUUUUAUGAAACGUGCCAUUUUUAUUUGUUGAUCAUUUAUUAGGCCUUCUAGAACUCCUUAUAAAUCCUUUAUGACUCCUAUGAGGACAGGGCCGCCUUGUUCAUAAUGCCCUGUUUCUUUAUAUUGCCUUGAUUGAGAGAAUGUAAAGAUAAAACUGCGAAGGUAAUCGAUAGUCACCACGCAUCUUUGGGAGGUUGUCGUCAAGGUAACAAGAUCAAAGGCUCGGCAGUCGUGCUUGGAAAGGAGCGACUGCGUUCCAGUCCUCACAAUAACAGUGCGAGGACUCUAAAAUGCUGGAAAAGCACUGCUUUGUUGAGUACUUAGUUACAGAUUGUGAGUUUAAGACUAGUCUAAGUACACAGAAAGACUGGGUCAGGGUUUUUUUUUUGUUGUUGUUGAUUUUAAUGAGUUUGACUUCUAAUCUGAAACAUAAUUUCGACAAAAAAGAGGAACUUAGAACAUAAUGAGAUGUUUUUACCUUUAAGUUGUGCCAAAGUAUUUUACCCUUUUAUUUUAUUUUUUAUUUAAAUGUGUUUUAAUGGGAAUGUUGAUUACAAAAGGUGAAUCAUUUGUAUAGCUUCAUUUUAUAUACAAGGUUGCUUGUGUUCGCUGGCCAAAGUCAGAUAAAUAGUAAACCAGGAAAAAGACAUCCACAUCAAGGACAUGGUCAAGUGAUGGUCAAGGGUUUAACUCCAACUAAUGAACCAGAGUUUUAGGUUCACUUGAGUCUGGAUUUCAGCCUGGUUUAGGUGCGCAGACAUAAAAGGAUGCAUGUCAUUGCUGUCUCCUCACUAAAGCCUUAUAUUUCAAUGUUUAAACCUAUAAAACCAUUCUUUCAUUCACAAAUGGGAAAAAUACAGCUGAUAUAUUAUUGUUCACCUUUAUUUGAAGUCUUUAUUAAUCAUGUUACAUUUAACAUUCACUCUUUUUUUUUUUGUUUCAAAGCCUUUGUUAUUGUUUGCAUAUUAAUGUGUGAAAUCCGAUAUUUUUUUUAUUUUUUUUUGGUUGACAAUAUUGUUGUAGAACUGUUUUAGAAUGUAGGAAAUAUUUUUCUUACUGUCACUUUCUUUUACAUCAUGUUAAGUUCGUGUUUAUCCUGUAGUGUUGUAUACUUAAUUCUUUAUGUUAGGUUUCAUGGUAGAAUGUUUGAAAUUUCAGCUCUUUCCAGAAUUCUCGUUUUUAAUUGGUUGAAAAAUAAUGUUUUGUUUUAUCUUGUCUUAAAAAAAGUAUGAAAAAGAAAGAUAGAAAAAAAAAAGUUUAUUUGUAGGGAACGUAAGAAAUACGAACUGAAAUUUAUAUUUUAAAACCUUUAUUUUGUGUCAAAUCAAGACCGUGUCUAGAAUUGUUCAAAUAUCAAUUGUACAUGCUAGAAGUUAUUUUCUAAUGUAUUCAUUUCAUAAUCUAAAAUUGUGUUGUAAUAUUUCAAGAUACAUCCCUCAAUAUCAGGCUGAAAAAGAGCAGCAACAUGUCUCCAGAGAUUUAUGAAUAUUUAAAUGUUAAAAACAGAGGGUGGUCACAUGGGGUCGGGCCUCUAUAGCUGAAAAUGAGAGAGAGAGCCAUAACUUAAGGGACGAAGGUUGACUUUUUGCACUUCUUGUACAUAGUCAAUAUAAAGAAACGAAAAGGAACAUGUAUAAUAUUGAGAUCUUAUUUUGAAUAAUAAAAGAUUCUAUAACUAUGAGAAAUUUUCUUAGGAUAAUUUAAGAAUUAGAGUAAUAGUCCAGCUUCGAAAUAAUGCUUGCAGAAAUGGCACAGCUGUUUUAUUGUUAUAAUUUCCGGCCAUCACAUAAAAAAAUGCUCAGCGUUGCCUGCACAGUACAGACUUUGAUUGAGAUUCUCCAAAAUUGGCAUUACACUCCGUCUCUUCAUAAUUUCCACUGUAGGAAAAUCUGGUUUUGUUUAAAAAUAGACAAUAUACCUUCAAAAACAGUAUUUGUCAUAAUGAACAUAAAUAACUGCAUGAAGAUUAAAAAUUAACAAAGUAAAAUUCACAUAAUAGAUAAGUAGGUAGAUAAGUUAAUUUCUCACAGUGCCGUAAGUAUCAUUGCCACAGCAUAGUGUAAAUCAAGUUACAAACAAUAAAUAUCUAUGCCUUAAAUAAGGCACAUUCACUGAUAAUCCAUCUGACUGUAGUAAUUACAAAAGGCCUUCAAACCGACUCUAGAUGCUAGCAAAACAUGUCCACUUAAAGGCAUAGUUCACCCAAAAAUGAAAAUUCUGUCACCAUUUCCUCACCCUCAUAUCGUUCCAACCCCACAUUACAUAUGACUUAUUUUCCAUACAGUGAAAGUGAAUGGUGACUGAGGCUGACUUUCUCUCCUUUUGUGUUCUACAUACCGUAAAAGGAAAGUCAUACAGGUUUGGAACAACAUUAGGAGAGUAAAUGAUGACAGAACUUUCAGUUGUGGCAACUAUCCCUUUAACACACAACUACAGAAGAGUUGCUUUGUUACCUGGUAACAGUGCCUUCAGCAGGUAAAGGACACCGACUACAGAGUAAAAAAACUAAAAUGAAUGUUAAGUGUCAAAUCCUCCGCUAAGGUCAGCGUUUUACUCAUUUCAGGUUUGCUGCACAAGAGCUAUAAAACCAAAGCAUCACUUUCCUUCACUGAAUGCAUUGCCUAAAAGCUGGUCAGCUGUUUCACAGUGAAACCACAGGUGGUCCUACCUGCUGAAAGUACCUGCUUUGAUGCUUAACGUCCUCCAUGGAAUCUGACACCUGCCCUUUGCUUAUAGUUGCUGUAAGAUAUUGUGCUGCAUUCGAAAAUACUUGUUUUAUGCACAUUUAUUAUUGGCAGAAUUGACUCUUACUGUUAUGAGUAAAAAAAAUCUUAAUAAAACAAUGGAUUUGCUCAAGAG